AUUUGAUUUGUGUUUUGUGAUAUGUUUUGAUUUUCUGUUGAGUAUAUUACAGGAAAACAUCGGAAUUAUCAUUAUGUCCAGUUUUCGAGCAAAAUGUUCUUACAAAAACGUUCAAAGGUGAAUGAGUCAAAUUUAUUGUGUAUUGAUGCUCUCUUUCUUUUUUCGAAAUAAAUAUUGAAUGUGACAGUGGAGAUGGCAGCCAGAUCUUUAACUGAUGUUUUCCUGUUGAUGAGGAGUAAUGCUAUUCGGAAUAGAAAUAUCUUUCCGGAUAAUGAAGAUUCUGAACAAAUGAGGUUAGUCAGUCUAAAUGAUGAGGAGGAAACGCUUUAUUCUCAUUGUGAUAACCAUAUGCCCCCAUCAUGGAUCAAUCAUUUGGAAAAGGCCCAGAGUGUUCUACACCAAAUUCACAUGAGAACUGAUGAAUUGAAAAGUUUACACUCAAAACAUCUACAUAAAUCUACAUUCGAUGACAGUUCCACUGAUGAAGAAGCUAUUGAAUACUGUACCCAAGAAAUUUCAAGAUUGUUCAAUGAAGGCCAUAAACUAGUCCAAGUAAUAAAACAUUACUCUUGUGAAGGUUCCACUAAGGAGCAAAAAAUAACAGUGAAUGUUUAUUGCACUUUAGCAGCAUCACUUCAAGACUUAUCCCAAUCAUUCAAAUCAACUCAAAAUAGUUAUUUAAGAGAAUUACAGUCUCGUGAAGAUAGGUCUAAAGUUUAUUUUGAAAACCAAGUAGUCAACAUUGAUAUAUAUGAUGAUAGUGGAACUGAAGAUAUUGACAGUUAUUUUAUUGGUUCACGCCUUCCUACCCAGGAACAAAUUCUUUUCUUAGAAGAAGAAAAUUCUAAAUUUGCAUUAGAAAGAGAACAAGAAGUGAACUCUGUUGUGAAGAGUAUAUUGGAAGUGAAUAAAAUUUUCAAGGAGUUGAGUAUUAUGGUUGCCGAUCAAGGAACAGUGCUUGACAGGAUAGACUAUAAUAUUGAAAAAACACAAAUUGAUGUAUUUGAAGGUUUCAAACAGUUGCGUAGUGCAGACGCAUAUCAGAGAAAAAAUCGUAAAAUGUGUACUAUUGUUGUGUUGGCGAUUGUAACUAUAUUGGUAUUCUUCUUAUUAGUACUUAUUAAAUUCUAAUUUAUU